AUGGUCUACGAGGAGACGAACGUCGACCCCGUCCUCCCUGCCCACCUCCCCCUUCAAGGUGGCGUCCGUGAUGAAGUCGAGCUGAGAUGCGCUCCUGUUGGCCCGCCGCCUGGAGGCUGCCAGGGCUGCAGGGGCGGCCGAAGGGGCGGCGAUGGCCCGGCCGCCCAGUCUGGGGGGGCGCCACUUCAGCCGAGCUGCACCCUCGGUGGAUUUUCCUGGAGGACGGCAUCCAUAGUGUGCUUCCACGUGUCGUUGUCUGCGUCGGUGAAAAUCAAAUACCUGGUGAUGCUCAGGAAAACCAUCUGCGAGCAGAGGCGCCAGUAG